GGGAUAUGGCAACGCUGAUUUUCUAACCAUGCCUUAGAAUACAAGUUGUGUUUUCACACAGAGGCCGUUCAUGUAAUAAUCUCAAGAAAUUUGCCGACAUCUCAAUCAAAUUAUGUCUGAAGGUACAUAUGAAUACGAAUGUAUGAGAGCUGAAUUAUUGGGAAUUGAAAAACCUAGUUACGACGAAUUCAUUGCGAAGAAAGUGGAAAAUGAGGCGCAAUUGGUGGAGGAAGAAAAUCUGGAUACAGAAAAUUUGAAGACAGUUGAUCAUCAAGAGGAAGGACUGAAGAAAGUAUCAGGAGGUUUGGAAGAACUGAAUGUCAUCCUACAGAAAACCCAAGGCAAGCUAAACAGGCUGAAGGCAUCUUGCGGAUCGCUAACCAAUCUUCUGAGAAUCAAAAUGGGAGGAAAAUCGAGCGUAGAGACUCCAUUGGAAAGCGAAUUCGAUCAACCUGAAGAAGCUCACAUCGAACCAUCUUUAAACGACCACGCCAGCGGUGACACUGUUGAAGAUUUCGAUGCCAAAGAAGACAAUAAAAUUUCCGCUAGGAAAAACGACCUAGCUAAAGCGCUUGACAGAGAUCUUAGUAGAUUAGAUACUAUGAUAGAAAAAGCUGAAAAUGCCCAAUACAGUAUGUCUCAUCAAAGGAAGCAGAUGAAUAAGUUUUUGGA